AUGGAUGAGUCAGGAACAUGUGGAGAGCGGGAGGCAGGAGGUUCAGACCCCGAGUGCGGUGGAGGUGGUUGUUGGCGUGUCGUGGGCUCAGUGCGGUGGAGGUGGUUGUUGGCGUUUUGUGGGCUCCAAGUGGUGGAGGUGGUCCUUGGCGUGCUGUUUGCGUGUUGUGGGCUCGGUGCGGUGGAGGUGGUUGUUGGCGUGUUGUGGGCUCGGUGCGGUGGAGUUGGUUGUUGGUGUGUUGUGGGCUCAGUGCGGUGGAGGUGGUUGUUGGCGUGUUGUGGGCUCGGUGCGGUGGAGGUGGUUGUUGGCGUGUUGUGGGCUUGGUGCGGUGGAGGUGGUUGUUGGCGUGUUGUGGGCUCAGUGCGGUGGAGGUGGUUGUUGGCGUGUUGUGGGCUCAGUGCGGUGGAGGUGGUUGUUGGCGUGUUGUGGGCUCAGUGCGGUGGAGGUGGUUGUUGGCGUGUUGUGGGCUUGGUGCGGUGGAAGUGGUUGUUGGCGUGUUGUGGGCUCAGUGCGGUGGAGGUGGUUAUUGGCGUCGUGGGCUUAUUGUGGUGGAGGUGGUUGUUGGCGUGUUGUUGGCGUGUUGUGGGCUUGGUGUGGUGGAGGUGGUGUUGGCGUGUUGUGGGCUUAUUGUGGUGGAGGUGGUUGUUGGCGUGUUGUGGGCUUGGUACGGUGGAGGUGGUUGUUGGCGUGUUGUUGGCGUGUUGUGGGCUUGGUGUGGUGGAGGUGGUUGUUGGCGUGUUGUGGGCUCCGUGUGGUGACCUCCGGGCGUCGGGCUCCGUGCGGUGGAUUUCGUGCGGUGGAGGUGGUUGUUGGCGUGUUGUGGGCUUGGUGUGGUGGAGGUGGUUGUUGGCGUGUUGUGGGCUCAGUGCAGUGGAGGUGGUUGUUGGCGUGUUGUGGGCUCAGUGCGGUGGAGGUGGUUGUUGGCGUGUUGUGGGAUUAGUGCGGUGGAGGUGGUUGUUGGCGUGUUGUGGGCUCCGUGCAGUGGGCUCAGUGCGUGCAGUGGAGGUGGUUGUUGGCGUGUUGUGGGCUCAGUGCGGUGGAGGUGGUUGUUGGCGUGUUGUGGGCUCAGUGCGGUGGAGGUGGUUGUUGGCGUGUUGUGGGAUUAGUGCGGUGGAGGUGGUUGUUGGCGUGUUGUGGGCUCCGUGCAGUGGGCUCCGUGCGGUGGAGGUGGUUGUUGGCGUGUUGUUGGCGUGUUGUGGGCUUGUAGAGGUGGUUGUUGGCGUGUUGUGGGCUCCGUGCAGUGGGCUCCGUGCGGUGGAGGUGGUUGUUGGCGUGUUGUGGGCUCAGUGCGGUGGAGGUGGUUGUUGGCGUGUUGUGGGAUUAGUGCGGUGGAGGUGGUUGUUGGCGUGUUGUGGGAUUAGUGCGGUGGAGGUGGUUGUUGCCGUGUUGUGGGCUCAGUGCAGUAGAGAGGUGGUUGUUGGCGUGUUGUGGGCUCGGUGCGGGGGAGUGCGGUGGAGGUGGUUGUUGCCGUGUUGUGGGCUCGGUGCGGGGGAGGUGGUUGUUGGCGUGUUGUGGGCUCAGUGCGGUGGAGGUGGUUGUUGCCGUGUUGUGGGCUCGGUGCGGGGGAGGUGGUUGUUGGCGUGUUGUGGGCUCAGUGCGGUGGAGGUGGUUGUUGGCGUGUUGUGGGCGUGUUGUGGGCUUAGUGUGGUAGAGGUGGUUGUUGGCGUGUUGUGGGCUCGGUGCGGUGGAGGUGGUUGUUGGCGUGUUGUGGGCGUGUUGUGGGCUUAG